AUGUUUGUUACGGAUCCACAUGAAAAGCAUGUUUACUUCAUCAGUGAAUCUUUGACGAGGGAGGAAACACGGUACAAGAAAAUUGACAAGAUAGCGCUUGCACUUUUGCAUGCAUCUCGUCGCCUCAAGCCUUAUUUCCAAGGGAGGUAUAUCGUAGUCUACUCAGAAUACCCGCUGAAGAGAAUCCUGGAAUGUGCUGAUGAUUCCAACCAACUAGCCAUCUGGUCAAAUUUUCUGGGGGCAUAUGAAAUCAAGUACGAAACCAGAACUGCAGAGAAAGGACACGCCCUGGCUGCAUUGCUAGCAGAUUUCCCUGUGGACGACAUAAAAACGGUUGCCGGAGAAGAAGAAGAGUUGUUAAAACCCAUAGAGUCAGCCACUGAUCAAACUGGGGUUAGAUGGGAAGAACGUGAAGAUGGUAUAACUGAUUCCAUGAUAGUAGUUAACCAGUUUCUGGGGAACUACAGAGCCAAGGAAGAGAGGAUGGCCCUAUAUUUGGAUCAUAUGAGAGAGAUGGAAAAUGAGUUCGACCAGUUCUCUAUUGGGCAGCGACCGCGGUUGGAAAACAGGCACGCAGAUGCUUUAGCAUAUCUUUCUUCCGCGGUCGAAACUGAUACCACCAGUUUCGUUGUAGUAGAUUUCCAAGAGUUACCUAGCAUCUCCGACAACCACUUUGUUCUGUCUCUCGAACACGCUAGUGGGAGCGAGAGGGCAGCUACACCAGCACAGGGAGAUACCGAGAACAUCAACAACAAUAUGCAUGUUGACAGUCCAGUGAUAGAUGAUUCAGACAAUCCUGCUGAAAACGCCUCAGACUGGCGUCAUCCUUAUAUCCGGUAUUUAACAACCAGUAAACUACCAGAAGAUGAGAAACUUGCUUCAAAGGUAAAAAACAAUGCAUGGAGAUAUUCAAUGAUCGAGGGACUGUUAUACCGCAAACCUGUAGCUUUGGAGCCAUUUUUGCAAUGCAUAUCAGCCGAAGAAGGUCAACAGAUAUUGGUGAAGGCUCAUGAAGGAAUAUGUGACAACCAUUCUGGAGGGCACAGUCUAGCGCACAUGAUACUUACUCAAGGGUAUUUCUGGUCAUACAUGCAGAAAGAUGCUAAAGAAUACGCGUUGAAAUACAUCGUCGGACCACUCCCCAAAGCUCCUGGAGGAGUGAAAUUCGUACUAGCCGCUACUGAUUAUUUCACCAAAUGGAUCGAAGCAGUGGCAUUGGUACAUGUUACCAGAAAUGAUGUGAAAAGGUUCAUAUGGGAGAAUAUCGUAUGCAGAUUUGGAAUCCCAAGCGAGUUAGUAUCAGACAAUGGGAAGCAGUUCGAUUCUGGGGUGAUCAAAGAUUUCUGCAAGAACCUGAAUAUUCGCAAAAAUUUCUCAUCUCCUUAUUAUACUCAGAGCAACAGGCAGGCGGAAGCAACCAAUCGUGUUAUUAUGGAAAAUCUCAAGAAAAUGCUGGAGAAAACGAAAGGAAAAUGGACAAAAGAAUUACCUGGAGUCUUAUGGUCCUAUCAAACGACCCCGAAAAGGUCAACUGGAUUUUCCCCAUUUACACUGGCUUAUGGGACAGAGGCAGUCAUACCUACUGAGGUACAUCUCAAGACUACCAAAACUCGCGCUGUCAAAUCUGGGACAAAUGACAACAUACUAGCUUUGGAUAUAAAGUUGCUAGAAGAACAAAGAGAAAUAUCCUUACAGCAGUUGAUCCGAUACCAGCAGGCAAUCAAGCUGAGCUAUGAUCGUAAAGUCGGAGAACAGUCAUUCAAACCAAGGGAAUAUGUCUUGAAGAAAACCCGAGAAGCCACAAUGGAACCGAACUGUGGAAAGCUCGGAGGAAACUGGGAAGGUCCAUACAUAGUGGACAGGCCAGCGUCUCGUGGUUCAUACUACCUAAGGAAUCUCGAUGGUUCUCAACAUUCAAAACCAUGGAAACCAUGGAAUUCGUUCCACUUGAAGAAGUUUUAUCAUUAA